UAAAACACAUCUGUCCUUGUGCUCCAUUGGCCGUUCACGGUCAGGUGGUUGGGGGAUACCCGAAAUCCUCUCCUAAGACAGGGAAACACUCAAACAUAGUCCAGAGUUUGCUGCAGGUGGGCGCAUCAUUCAGCAUCAUUCAGAAAGUGGGUCCAACUCUUUGGGACCUACUUCCAUUUUUUCCUGACACUUUUUUUUUCUCCAGGAAAACAGGAUGGGGGCUGGAGCGAGCGCUGAGGAGAAACACUCCAGAGAGCUGGAGAAGAAGCUGAAGGAGGAUGCUGACAAGGAUGCAAGAACUGUCAAACUGCUGCUGUUAGGUAAAGACAGACGCAAUGGAUGCAACUCGAGGAUAUCUUACAUUUAUAGGCUCCUCUAUGGUGGCUGGAAACAGAAAAUAGCUCAUAAAUCUAUGAGGUUCAACUUGAAAUAUGUUCAUUAAUUCUAAAUGAUCAACACAAUUUAGUUUCUCUUGACCUUAAAAACCUUAAAACAACCAACAGAUUCGAAAAGGUGCAUCUAGUACACCUUUGUAUCAACAGUGAUUAAGUGAGCUACAAGUUUUAAUCAGGUAAGGAAUUAAUAACAUGUGUCAUUGAUUGGCUGAGAUAUUUUGAUAAUCACUCAUCCCAAUCCCUCGGUAAUCCAGAGACUCUCACACAAAGAGAUUAGCCAUGAAGGACACACAGUCUGCUGCCCAACCCAGAAAUGUGGGCCAAGGUUUUUUGUUGUUCAUUUGUUCUACACUCUUCUCCUCAUACUAUUUUCUAAAGAAACUUAACAUCAAGUCUAAAACUUCUCUUCACAAGCAGAGCCAGAUUUAUUUGUGAAAAGCUCUCUUCUUUAAAACUCAAAUAUGAACAAAAACACAAAAAAAAUGAAGAUCGAGAUGUGGAUAUAUUCUCACUUCCAAUGUUUUGAAUGAUAAUUUUUAAUACAAAAUAAUCAAAGUCACUUAUUUCAUUCUUCUGCAGGUGCUGGAGAGUCAGGCAAAAGUACAAUCGUCAAACAGAUGAAGUAAGAGAGACAUUUGACUGUAAAUGAUCGUAUCGUCUAACUGACUACACCACACAUAGUUAUACUCAAAUUUUCUUUUUCCAAAGAAUUAUCCACAAAGACGGGUAUUCACUUGAAGAAUGCUUGGAGUUCAUCACCAUUAUCUACAGCAAUACUCUGCAGUCCAUCAUGGCCAUCGUGAAGGCCAUGACCACACUCAACAUUAACUAUGGCCACUCUGAUCAGCAGGUAACAACAGCUAACACUUUUGUUUUUGUUAAUUGAGGUCAGGUUUCUUGAAAACUUUUGAGCUAAACUUUUAUUUGUUUCUGUUCGCUUGAAACUGCAGGAUGACGCCAGGAAACUGAUGCACCUUGCAGACACCAUUGAGGAGGGCACCAUGCCGAAAGAGCUGUCAGACAUCAUUCUGCGUUUAUGGAAGGAUUCAGGAAUACAAGUCUGCUUUGACAGGGCCUCUGAGUAUCAACUCAACGACUCUGCUGGAUAGUAAGAACCUAUGCUUCCUUCAAAACCAACCAAUCAGGUCUCAUUUGAAUGCAGAAGUGUUUUCAUUGAGUUUAAUUUCAUUUCUUCCUCAGCUACCUCAAUGACUUGGAGCGACUAAUCCAGCCGGGCUACGUUCCUACAGAGCAGGAUGUGCUGCGAUCGAGAGUGAAGACUACAGGAAUCAUCGAGACCCAGUUCUCCUUCAAAGAUCUACACUUCAGGUGAGUCCUCUGCAGAGGAUUUUAACAAUAACUCAUCUUUGGAGUCCCAUCAGCACCAUACAGAUAACAUGAUUGUGUUUCCCUGCAGAAUGUUCGAUGUAGGAGGCCAGAGGUCUGAGAGGAAGAAGUGGAUCCACUGCUUUGAAGGUGUGACGUGUAUCAUCUUCAUCGCCGCUUUGAGCGCCUAUGACAUGGUGCUGGUGGAGGAUGACGAAGUGGUAUGAUAUGAAUUUUCACACUUGAUGAUUUUCAUGCUUUCCUUGUUGGACCACCAAUAAUAAGUGUGUUAAGGAUCCUUAUUUGACCCUCACGAAUUUUCCUUUUAGAACCGGAUGCACGAAAGUUUACACCUGUUCAACAGCAUCUGCAACCACCGCUACUUUGCCACCACCUCGAUCGUUCUCUUCCUCAACAAGAAAGAUGUGUUUCUUGAGAAGAUCAAGAAAGCACAUCUAAGCAUGUGCUUCCCUGAGUACGAUGGUGAGUCUAUCACAACAUACAAACUUGACCCGUGUGUAAGAUUUUUUGGCAGAAAUUGAACAAGAGUAUUAAUUUAUGAGCAUGUAAAGACUUGAAAAGAAGAAAAGUUGAAUAAUCUCAUACGGUAAAAGUGUGUUACAUUUGAGAUAACCCGCAAUAGGCAGACGAACAUAACACUAGCCUUUUUAGGGGGUAAAACGUUCCUCCAAACACACUUAGAAGUGUUACUAAAUGUCACUUAAUCCUACUCUGUAAACAUAAAAACUAAUUUAUCAAUAAUAAUAACUUAAUUUAUAUAGCACUUUUAAAAACAAGAGUUUACAAAGUGCUUUAACAUGCAGGAAAACAAAGAAGAUAAAAAUAACUUAAGAGAACACUUUGGGGGAAAUGUCACAUUACUGGCAAUAAAGAAAUAAAAUAAAAUAAUAAUCGACAUAAAAAUUUUGAUGAAUGAGCGAUGAGACGUCAUUAAAACGAAGACAUUUAAAAAAAGACGUUAUAAGAACCCCUGAUACCCGGCCGAAACAGGACCCAAGGGGAAUAUUAUAAAACAUGAAUAAGAAGUUUAAAAGGUUUCAAAGAUGACAAAAUCACAUAAAAGCAAGUCUAUGAAACUGAGUUUUAAUGUCAUUUAUCCUGGUAUCUUUUUCUAAGGCCCCAACACUUACGAGGAUGCUGGUAACUACAUCAAAAUGCAGUUCUUGGACCUCAACAUGCGCCGAGACGUCAAAGAAAUCUACUCUCACAUGACCUGUGCUACCGACACAGAGAACGUCAAGUUUGUGUUCGACGCCGUCACGGACAUCAUCAUCAAAGAAAACCUGAAAGACUGCGGUCUGUUUUAACACACAGUGAAGGUGAGUCUGAAAGUUUUUCCUUGUAAUCAUUUAAUGAUCUGGAUGAAGAGAUUUUGACCUGCUCAUAAUGAACAUGUCCUCUUUUAUUCCAGAGUGAUCACACUCAAAAAAUCCCGUCUAAGAACCAACGAAGGACUGAUCAUGAAAACAUUCCCAUCGAUCAGGCGUCCUCAAACUGGCGAAAGAAAAGUACAAAAAUCAGUUUGUUUUGUUAAAAAUGUGGUUGAAGCUUGAAUCCAAAGAUUUAUCAUCAACCUAAACAAAAGGUAAAAACUUGGGCUGAAUUCAGAGAAAUUAUGGUCAAGCGAAUUUCUCUCAGUGUGUCUCUGGAGGGUUGUUUGUAAUCUUUAGUUAAAACACAAAAUGCUUGUAACCCCUCAAAGAUUUUGUCCGACAUGCACUUAAAGGGAUAUUUCAGCGUAAAAUUAAUUUAGGUGCAAACACACUAUAACACUGAGUUAGACACCCCCUCGAGAGAUGAAUGUAGCCGACCGCUUGCUUCUCUAGUUAUACCAACUUUAGUAAUGACCGCAGGAUAGCAAUACACAGCGGUCUAAGGAGCCAUAAACAAACCUCAACCAAAACGCCCCUCUAUAGCGACCAAUAAUGCUCAGAACAGCACCUAACUUCAUCAACAGUACAUAUAGGGUCCCAGCCAUGGUACUAGCCACCAAACAUCUUUUUAACUUUGCCUAAUUUCUUUAGCAAAGAGACUAAACACAACUCACCUACUCUCUUCCAGCAGCCGCUUGUUUGUAGCGAGACCUCAGACCAGUCCAUUAGGGACUACAGUGGAGUUUCGCAGCUCAAGGAAGAACAUUUAUGAUAAUUUCUUAAUGGAAAUGCAAUCAGACUGAGAUGCUAAAGCAGAAGAACUACUGCGUCUGCAGUGCAAAAUGAUUAAUAUGAUGAUCACUACUUCAAGGAAAUGAUAAAUUAAUGAUCAGGUCUCGCUACAAACAAGCAGCUGCAGGAAGAGAGUAAGUGAGUUGUGUUUAGUCUCUUUGUUAAAGAAAUCAGGAAAAGCUAAAAAGAUGUUUGGUGGCUAGUACUAUGGCUGGGACCCUAUAUGUACUGUUGAUGAAGUUAGGUGCUGUUCUGAGCUUUAUUUGUGGAUGUAGAGUGUUUUUUUGGUUGAGCGCAUGGCUCCUGAAACCGCUGUGUAUUGCUAUCUGCGGUCAUCACUAAAGUUGGUAUAACUAGAGAAGCAAGCGGUCGGCAACAUUCAUCUCUCGAGGGGUUGUCUAACUCUGUGUUUCGUUGUGUUUGACCCUAAAUUAAUUUUACGCCGGAAUAUCCCUUUAAGUGCAUAAUUAGAGGGCUAGAGCAUCAGGUCUGUGCUUUAGUAACUUAUCACCAUUAAUGAUGCGAAAGAAGUCCCUCUGCAAAAGCACUUCAAACUGUGCAAAACUCAAGUCAACAAUAGGAAUGGCUUUAUGAACACGAAGUAUGCAAAGGUUUCUAGAGGAAUGAUGUAAAUGUUACUUUUAGCGAGAGUUAAAAAGAGCCAGUGUAUAUACUUUAAAUUUUCUAUCGGUUAAUUUAUCAAGUGUGGAGAUAUCAUGUUAGGUCAGCUCUGUUUCUUCUUUGUUGUUGAAUGAACUACACGCCUUUCAGCAGACUUUCCUGUACAGUAAACACUAACUGUAAACCAUGACUCACCUUUUAAUGCUUCUGUAGAAAACUGAGCAAUUUUCCAUUUUCCACUAAUAAAAAAAAAUGAC